UACAUUGGCGCAAACUCACGGAAACCGAGGAAAACAAAGGACUGCUCAGCUGCGGUAGUGUAUAAUUAGUUGAUUUCAGGAUUAGUUAGAUACUGUGUUGAACUAGCUAACUAUUGUUGUUAAGACGAAGCUUUUUUACCGUGAUAUAUAUGGCACAUUUAUGUUGUAAUUAUGGAUUUGUAUGGAGGCAUAUGUUGCCUAAUGAAGAUUGUUUGUGCCUCAUACAAAUCUGUCAUCUCUUCUUCUUUUGCACUUUUGAGUUCAGCUAUCCCUCGAGAUGGCAGAUACCAACUUUCUGUUAUUCUUGUUCAUAACACUCUGUACGGUCAUUACAUGUGAUGGGAGUGUAUCUCUAUCUGCUCCAGCCACUGUAAAUCUGGAGGAGAAAGGUUCAGUUAAUAUCACCAUAACGCCUAGCACUCCUCAGAAUGUCUCAACACUCAUUAGUUUUAACUUCACCGACUCCUCUGCAAAUGUUAGCUCAAUACUUCAACUGCCUCAACAGGUAGAGUUGCUUGCAAACGCCACAUCAAGCACUUUUGAGGUUCAUGCAGAACAUGUGGGUCAGGUGACAGCCUAUUUAUACAGCAACAACACUGGCAUUGCAAGCCAUAAGACUCGAAUCCGUUUCUUGGUCAUUAGAAGCAACAUUGUUGAUAUCAUUAACCAAGUAAUUGGUUGGAUUUACUUCCUAGCAUGGUCUAUAUCAUUCUACCCUCAAGUAUAUGAGAACUGGAGAAGAAAAAGUGUGGUGGGGCUGAACUUUGAUUUUCUGGCACUCAACUUGACAGGAUUCAUUGCCUACAGUGUCUUCAAUGUAGGCCUCUUCUGGGUUCCGUACAUGAAGGAAGAGUUUUUGAAGAUAAAUCCAAAUGGUGUAAACCCAGUGGAUGCCAACGAUGUGUUCUUCAGUCUCCAUGCAGUUGUGCUGACUCUUGUAUAUGUCUCUCAGUGUGCCAUCUAUGAAAGAGGAGGGCAGAAGGUGUCCAAGAUUGCUAUUGGCCUUCUGGUGAUUGGUUGGACGUUUGCCCUGGUCACCCUCUUUGUUGCUGUGGCCAGUAAGAUCACCUGGCUGGAAUAUCUCUACUAUUUCUCUUACAUCAAGCUAGGUGUCACCCUCGUCAAAUACAUCCCACAGGUCUACAUGAACUACAAAAGACAAAGCACAGAGGGGUGGAGCAUUGGCAAUGUGUUGCUGGACUUCACAGGAGGCAGCUUCAGUCUCGUUCAGAUGUUCCUUCAGUCGUAUAACAACGAUGAAUGGAAGCUCAUUUUUGGGGACCCCACAAAGGCAGGACUUGGCUUGUUCUCCAUAUUCUUUGAUGUGGUGUUCAUCAUUCAGCAUUACUGUCUGUACAGACAUAAACGACAUUAUGAGCUUGUGCGUGACCAGGAAUAGGCUAAUUACCUUUUACUCUUUACCUCUGCCAGUGAGACUGAGUCCAAAUGAUUUACUGAAGGACUAAUAUAUGGGCUUUCUUCUAUGCAGUGUUCCCAGUCAUUGAAUGGGAAGCUAUUUAGACACAGGGGGGCCAUACUUUCUCCGUCUCAAAAUGCGUCAGCCAAUUAAAAUCGUUGGUGUAGUUGCACGUGAUCAAACACUAUUGGUGCUAUCAAGACAACUGGGAACUCUGGGGGUUGGGGGGAAUGAGGUUGAAUCAUGACAUCAGUGAUCUAUCUACAGGUCGGAAAGUCAAAGCUGUAGAAAGAGGCUAGAGUUCCCGACUUGGAAUUCCGAGUUGGAAGACUGCUCAAAAUACAUUUUCCCAGUCGUAAAUAGUACCCCCCCCCCCCCCCCCCCCCCCCAGUUCGCAGUUGUCUUGAACGCUUGGAAGUCUCAGAUUUUUCAGGUCCCAGUUGUUUUGAACGCGGCAUUAAUGUUAGAUGUUCCCUUCAGAUAACCUGUCAGAUUUAGUCUGCAUUCCAAACACUUAAAAGACACACCCUCAGCCCUCAAAUUAAUUGGACACUUCUGAUGACGUAUUAUUGUCUGAUGAGUUGACACUUGCAGGGCAAGGGAAGAAUUAAUUAAUUUUUAAUGGACUGCUCUUGCCUGGAAGUGUGUCACUCGUUCAUCCCACGGUUAUGUUUUCAGUCAUCAUGGAACUGUUGCAUGUGCCUUAUGCUCUACAGUCAAUUAUGAUUGCGUUUCAUAUCUUGGCUAGAAGACAACGCCUCCGCAGACAGUGAAUGUUAGCCAUCCUACUAUAUCCGGUAAAUCGAAAAUUACAAUGUAUAAGUGUGAUGUCAAGAAAGUUAUAUGCGCAAGCAAACGUUUCCAGAAGCCAACCAAACAAAAACAUAAUGACUUUUAUGAUAAGUGUUUGAGCCGUCAUGUGCAUUAGUAGCACAAUUUCUAACUUAUUUACAUUUAUUUCUAAUUACACUUGUAUGUAGACUUCUCCAUAUAAUGUUGGUUUUAAGUUUUGGCUGACUUUUCUUAGUGGAUGUACAAUCAUCGCGAAUUGAGUAUGGUGCUUUUCAAGCCCUGGAGUGAACAUAAUUGUACACUCGCAAAGUCGAUCAAAAGCGAGGGCAGAAGGGCUUACGUUGCCAACUUCCCUUGCUUGGCUAAUCAUUUGGACCGAUGGCAAAGAUGGCUUCGGGGAUUCCCCCAAGUUAAAAAAAUGUACAACAUUUUUUUUACGUGCACAAGUGGUGGAGGGUAUUUCUUUUAUGAGUUUGAAACGCAACCUUAGCCUUGUGCUAACUUGCACAGCUGGCCCGUGAUCAUAUCUGGUUCAAAUGCUGUAUCGGUCAAUUAAAAUCGUUGACGUAGUUGCACCUGAUCCAACACUUUUUCAUGAAAGUGUCCUUAACAAAAGUCCAACGACACGUUCUGAUAAUCAAAGCAACUAGAUCACGUGUGUUUGACUGACUGGUCAAAUAGCUCUCUGUGUAGAGUGCCAACUCCACGUAAUUGUUGCAGAUUGUGGCAAGGGUUUGAAUCUCAUGAGUUUAUUUCCCCCCUUUUGAAAUGCAGAAUUACUUUUUAGUGUGUUGAGAAGUGUAGCCAAAACCUUGUGAAUGAAGAUUACGCAUACAUUUAAUGAGGAGCUUCUUGUUGGAGUCCCGCUUGCAGACAGACACGGGCUACUGGCACUGCUACAUAAAUAAUCAUCACUUCUAUAAGCUAUAUUACAUAGAUGUUAGUGCUGUGCGAUUAUUAAAAUAUCAUUUGGUGGCCAUUUUGACCUAUUUUAAGAAAUGCCAUUGGUUGGUAACGUUGAUAGGCUGAUGCAGAAUUUGUUACAGGAAAUAAUCACUGCCACCUGCUCAGGUUAGCAUAGGGCUAAAUGUGUCAGGUUAUGUAAUGGGAACAGCUAACGUGUAGCGUUUGAUCACGUGCAACUACAUCAACGAUUUUAAUUCGCCAAUGCACAUUUUGAGAAACUUACUUUUUAAGCAAAGGCCCGUUUUAAACUUUUUCUGUUUGCAAGUAUGCCUCCAGGGCCUUUGCUUAAAAAUAACUUUCAAAUGAUUGUAGGAUAAUAGGGAUUUCAUUGUGUUCCAUAAAUUGUGAGUAAAUUAUGGGUUGAUACCACUAAGGGAGGAACUGUAGUUUUUGUUUUUUACUGACUAGUAUAGGCCUUGAACUUGAAAAACUGUCAAAGCAAUGGCUCACUUUUUGCAAUACAAUACUUUUUUUUAUAUAUAUAUAUUUGAAAGAUAAUUGCUAUUUUGAAAUAGACAGAAAACAUGAUGCUUUAUUGUAAAACUAAUAAAAUAUUUUCAACUUAA